GUCAGCUGAUUGUCAAUUCAAUUGUUGUAUUUUGGAAUGCAGGAAGACGUGAACCCUUCGAAGGAAUUUAUAUAAUAUUGCUUCCGGAGUUUUUAAAACUGAUAUUCACUAAGUUGAUAACUGCUUAAAAGUCGAGUUUUAAAUUUUCUCUGUUUUUAAUUUAAUUAACAUAUUUAUAAGCGGAGUAGUAUUUUCCGAGGUACGUGGGCGCUUCGAAUAUCUAUAUUAAAAUUCCUUACAAAUUCAUAUUGCGGACGCUCAGUAAAUAUCGAGAUAAAAUGGAGAAUAUAACAAAAUUGUGGAUGGGACCUCUUCCCAAGGAUUCUCCCUACGUAAAACCAUUUAGAUUGUACUAUGUUCAGAAUGGAGUUGAAAAAAAUUGGGAUUUACUGAAAGUUCAUGAUAGCGUUGCUGUCAUCCUAUACAACACAAGCCGGCGUGUUCUGAUUUUCGUACGACAAUUUAGACCAGCCGUCUUUCAUAGUUUGGUUACUGCUGGUGGAAGCGAUGUUGGCGAGGUAGACUUGCAAAAAUUUCCACCAAAAAUAGGUGUAACAUUAGAAUUAUGCGCUGGUAUUGUUGAUAAAGAAAAGAGUUGGCGUGAAAUUGCACGAGAGGAAGUUUUGGAAGAAUGUGGUUAUGAUGUGGCUGUUGAUCGUAUCGAAGAAGUGAUGACUUACAGAUCUGGCGUAGGUUCAUCUGGCGCAUGCCAGGUAAUGUAUUAUUGCGAAGUUACGGAUGAUGAUCGUAUUACAAAGGGCGGUGGCGUAGAGGAUGAGAUGAUUGAUGUGGUUGAAUAUACAAUUGAAGAAUCUCGCGACUUAGUGAGGCAAGGUUCCAAGAUUAAUAGUCCUCCAAGUUGCCUUUUAGGCAUUUCGUGGUUUUUGAUGAAUAAAGCACCAAAACUUUCUUAGUUAGAUAUGGAAAAAUUAUAAUUUUUUUAGAUAAAACUCAUUGCAUGGUAUACCUAAGAACAUAUCUACGUAACAGCGUCAGUAGGAUGUUUCAAGGCUAUUAAUAAUAUAAACAUUUUAUUUUCUAUAAUAAUAAAUGUGUAAAUUUAAAUAAAUAAAUAAAAAAUUAAUUCAAAAUAAAUAAAAAACAAAAUACA